UCAGCCAUCUGCAUGCAGUCAGCCAUGUACAUGCAGUCAGCCAUGUACAUGCAGUCAGCCAUGUAGUCAGCCAUGUACAUGCAGUCAGCCAUGUACAUGCAGUCAGCCAUGUACAUGCAGUCAGCCAUCCGCAUGCAAUCAGCUUCAGCCAUGUACAUGCAGUCAGCCAUGUACAUGCAGUCAGCUGUGUACAUGCAGUCAGCCGUGUACAUGCAGUCAGCCAUGUACAUGCAGUCAGCCAUGUAGCCAACCAUGUACAUGCAGUCAGCCAUGUACAUGCAGUCAGCUGUGUACAUGCAAUCAGCCAUGUACAUGCAGUCAGCCAUGUACAUGCAGUCAGCCAUAUACAUGCAGUCAGCCAUGUGCAUGCAGUCAGCCAUAG